GUGUGUUGGCUGAUUUGAGUGGGAGGGAUUCUGAGCACCACUCCCUCUUUAAAACAAGUUGUCCUGUCAAGAGCUCAUGUCAUCCUUCCCAAGCAGCAGAAGAAAUGAACCACUGACUGAAGGGUGCAAGAUUCAGUGCACAUUAUGGAUUUAUGGCCUAAAAAUCAAGGGCUGCUGCCCCCAUACCAUAGAUAUGGUACUGUUCCUGGCAGAAAUCAAACGUAUAACUAUCAUGACAGAAACCACGCGAUCCAUUAUCCACCAGGUAACCAUGACGAACAGUGCAAUCAUGUCAGAGAGUCCCGCCACUGGACUCUACCUAGAUCAGGAAUAGGUGGAGCUCGACUGGACUACACCAACUGGACUGACCCUCGAUUGUAUGCCCCAACUUCUGCUCAGCUACCUUUUAUUUCUCAGCAGGACCUGGGCGACUAUGACCCUUCUGAAGUCAGGGAAUGCUCAAGGGCCAAUUAUGAGAGAGGCUACCUGAGGGAGGGAUGGCAGAGGAGGUGGGAGGCUUCCAAGAGAGACAGCAGCAGCUACCGAGAGCUGGAAGCCUGGGCUGCUCGUUACAGCCAUUCCCUUCCUAGGAGGAGACGCAUAGAGUCGGAGCUGAGGGGGGCCUCUCAGGGUCUGUUGGAGAGAAGAACUGGGAUAGGCUCUUGCAUGGUGACAGAGCAGCAAGUUGGACAAUGUGUAAACAUAAGACAUGAUCCAGCGCAUUGGGAGAUAGCUUCACCAGAAGCUCCUAAUACCAGCCAUGUAGUGGACAUUAAAGGACAGAUAGGAUUCCAAAGGAAAAUCUUUAGCCAACCCCCUGAUUAUAUUGCACCUCCUCCCUAUAACACCCAACAUAAAAGUUCAUCUGUGAUGCCCCAUUAUGGUAUCAAUUUGGUACAGGUUGAGAGAACUCAGGACAAACCAGGCAAAAAACAAAAAACAGACCUUGAAAGAAUCACAAACCUAAGUAGCCAAGUCUACAUUCCACAAGAGCUUUUGCCACAGCAGGCAGUUCAGAGAAGAAUCACGGAAGCUUCCUCAAAAGUAAUUGAAGGACGGAAGUUCAGAUUAAGUAAGAAGACGGGCGGGAUGACCAUAUUCUGUUUAGUGUCUCGGAUAGCAGGCCCAACAGAAUCCCCGUCCUUGACACCUCCAGCAAACACAGAGGUUGGAAACUGUUCUAUGCUCAGUACUGAGAAUAACCCAAUAUCCAAGGUUGCAGACGAAGUAGACAAGACACAAACAAAUAUGUCUGACCUGACCAAAACAAAACAGAUGGCGCCAUGUUGCAAAAAAAGUGUAGCACCGGAGGAAAAACUGCUAAAGGACAAGACGGAUGAUGCUACAUUUGAGAAGCAAAGUGCUCAGUUAAUACCACCUGUCAGAUAUCCUUUGUGGAAGGAGCCGAGUUUCACAAGAACUCUGAAGGGUGCAGGGAGUCCACUUGGCAUGGAAGUGAGGAGACUGGAUAUCAAGAAAGGACCUGAAUCCGAGGAAGGUCAAGAUCUCCUGGUGAUCGACACGACAUGCGUUGUUGUCAAAAUGGAGCUGAUUCAGUCACCCAAGAAGGAACACGUUCACCUCUUAGAAUACCCUGAAAACAGUCCUUCCUCUCCUGUUCAAUCAGAAGGCCUGAAGCAAGACUUGUACCCUGAUCCAAAUACAGAAUUAAACUACAUGCCACAAAACACAAGACUUAAAGGCAAGCUGGACCCAGAUCUUGAGAAGGAAGUGAACCUUGAGAUUGACAGUGAAAACCCUACACAGGGAUCCUUGGAGAAGAAUACUGAAAGAAUCCUCAGGACCAGUCUUGACGCAAGCUCAGGUUCUGACGGGGUCAUGAAAAAUGAGCUAGAUUCUUCUCUAGUUAACAACAGUGAAAUGAAAGAGAAGCUGUCCAAAGACACCACCAAAGAGGAGGAGCAGUCACAGAACCAACAAGACCCAAACAAGGAAAAGAUGUCUGUUGAUUGGGUUAAAGACAUUUCUUGUGGCAAACUUUCAGAAUCCCAGCAGCAUGUGGAAGCAGAGAUUAACAGCCAACCUGGAACAAAUGAUUUGCUGCAGGUUGAAACAUCUGAGAAUGCUACAUUUGAAUGCACUCAAGUGGGGGACAAAUCCGAGCAGAGAUGGGCAAAAAAUCAAUCAAUUGAAAAGGAUGCAGGUCUGUUUGUCACUUCACCUCCUCUCCCAUUAAAUUCUCUCUUACCUCCAUCCUCUCUAGAUGACGGUGCGUCAAAUCCUACUCUUAUAUACUCUCUUGAGUCACUCCCAAGUAUCUCAGAGUCAGAAACUGAGGAGGGGCCAGAUGCUGAGCAGGGAACACUGGACCCAGUUGCCGAUGGAGUACUUCAACCUGGAACUGCUUCAUUGCUGACAUUUCUGAUUCCUCCUGCUGAUCCAUCUGUAAUAGCGUCCAAAUCUGAUACCGAUGCUUCUGAGGACACUGAAGAGGGACAAACAUCACUGCAUGAAGAAGUCUAUCAGGAAUCUCCCACUGAUGGGACAGGUGCGCAGCCAUUUGAAGGUGAUCGUGUACAAAUGGUAAGUGAUAUUUCUAUAGAACUUGUAGAGCAGAUGUCUGCAAUAUCCAAAGAGGAACCAUCAGACUUCAACAAUGAGCAGCAGGAACUCCUUUGUAUUCAAGCAGAAGACAGGAACAAGACAGAAGAUGACAAUUUAGGACAGAUAUCCACAGAAAAGUGUCUAACUGAAAGACAGAUCAAAUCUUUGGUGGUCCAAACAGAGGAAAAUGUGGAUGUGAAAGAGACUAACAAGGAGCCGCUUGAGGAUAAUAAAGAUCUGACAGGUCUUGAGGAAGAGAUGAUAGAAUGUCAGAAUGACAAACAAGAUACCAAAGCCUUGUUUAAACUUCUGUCUCCACCAUCACCUUCAGAUUCAAACCAUGAAGCUCAACCCCAAGCUCCAUCUCCACAACUGGACUCAAAAGAAGACCUUGCCCCCCAUGUAGAAACUGGAUCAACUGAAAACCCUCAUGAAACUGUCACUGCUCCUCUUCUUCUGCCGGAGUUUAUCCCAUCUUCUGAAACUUCUCCUCCUCCCCCAGGGAACUGUGUCCCUCCUGACCAACCCCAAGGAGAGGGGCUUCACUACCCCAACUCCUUGUGGGAUGCAGUCAAUCGUAUUAGGAAACAUACAGCUCCUGACUCUGAGAACGAAGAGGAGGAGGUGACUGAGUUUUGGGAUCCAGAGAGGGUAGAAGGAGUGCCGGACAUCUUUGAGGAACUGGAAGUGUCAGAGGACACUGAGGUUGGACAAAUGCUGCCACAUCCAUGGCGUGAAGAGGACACAUUUUCCUGCAGUAGCACCAGUAGUCAUGAUUCUGGGGACACGGUUGUUGUAGCAGAUGAGGUCGAAGUUGAGCAGACAGAGGAGGUUUGGAGGGGGUGCCUGGGUGAAGUUAACAAUGCCAACUCUGAAGGUGAGGGGGGAGGUGAUGACAAGAGGGAUGAGUACCAAACUGAACAAGGGGAAGAUAGCACAAGAUGAGGCAAUGAUGUAGUGCAAUUACAAUAUGAGGAAAAAGUGCUUUUAUACUGAUUGCACUUUCAUUAGGUACACAUGCACAGUCCAAUCCAGGGGUGUCCAAACUUUUUCCACCAAGGGCCGCCUACAGAAACAUCUUUGUGUUAUACGUGACAAAGUAAAUUAGUGUAAUAUCUAAUAAUAUAUCUCAUUAUGUAUUUUUUGAAUAUACAGAGGACCAAUAAAAAACAAGCUGUAAGUCAAGAAGGGUCCCCGAAACGCCCUUUGGACACCGUUGGUCUAAUCUAAUGAGAGCCAAUACAACAGGGGUGUCAAACAAACGUACAGGGGGCCAAAACGCAAGAGCUGAUUUUGUAAUAGUUUUAAAAUGGUGUCGUUUUUAGUCUUGCAUAGUUAAACUAUUGUUAGGUUGAGUACGAAUCUGGCACCUUUCGUAACAAUGGUUCUACAAUUAGUGCUACUGUAUGCAUAAUAGAGUAACACUCAGUUUAUGACACCUUAUUUAGUUAUGCGUACGAUGCAUUAUAGUAACGCAGAUGUAAACAUAUUGCUCAAUUAAAACCUCAGCGUCAAUCAAAAUUAAGCAUUAUUACCGUACAUUUGUCAAGGCAGCUCACGCAAUGGGUCUCAUUACAUUGUGCAGGUGUACCUAAUGUUGUGUGCAGUGACUGUAAACUGUCUUUUGCAUCUUAUCUAAGCAUUAUUUUUCAUUGCAGAGUGACGCUAUCCAUGUCAUAAAAAAAAAAUGGAAAUAAAAUAUCUUAAGCAUGUACUGAGUCACACUGCUAAUUUUACUGUUUUAGUAAAUCAUGUUGGUUUGUUUUGGAAAGUGUGGACACAUUUACCUUUAAAUAAUUUCCUUUAGCAUGUGUGGGCAAUAAACUGUUCAAAGCGUCAUACUGUGGAUGAAGGC